UCUUUUUCCCAUUCAAAGUUGAUACCUUUUUUUCUGGGCCCUGUCUUUCUUCUCUCUCAGACAACUACUUCAUUCUCUAUGAAUUAUACUCCUAUUAUUUCUUUUUUUUUUUUUUUUUGGAAAUUGAGUGAAAUUGAAGUGUUUUUGUAAGUGGGGGCGCUACACAGACAAAAUUCUCAUUAAUGCUCAAAUUCCUCUUCAUAAUAAUAAGAAUAAUUAUAAUUAAACUUCUUUAUGCAAGGUUUGGUUUGCCGACGCUUUCUUCUCGUUUUACGUCAUUGUCGUUCAUUCAAUGAAAUUGCAAUAUUAAUUUUGAGUUUCAGCGCUAUUUUCUGAAUUACUCAACUGGGUUUUGCUCCUUCUACAUUUCUGGAUUUCCACUUUCCCAACAUACUUCUGCUGACUACUACUUAGCUUGCUUUUCUUCUGUUUCUGUAAGCGUUCCAGUAGUUUUAAAGAGCAACUUUGAUCCAGAGUAUUUCAUCACUACUUCAUGGUUUUCGCCUUUGCAUUACCUUUGAUUAACGUUUAGCAGAAUUUUUGACCAUGAAGCUUCAAAUCUCCUUACCAAGUUCAAUUAUCUUUCUGCUCCUAAUUUUCUCAGUUCCCUUAAGUUUAGCUGACCUCAAGUCAGACAGACAAGCUCUUCUUGACUUUGUUGCCAAUGUUCCACAUGGUCGAAAGCUAAACUGGAAUGUUACUUCUUCCGUUUGCACCUCUUGGGCUGGUGUCUCUUGCAAUAGAGAAGGAACCCAUGUUGUUUCUCUCCGUCUCCCAGGAAUUGGGCUUGUUGGCCCUAUACCACGGGGCACCAUUGGAAAGUUAGAUGCACUUGAAGUCUUAAGUCUACGAUCAAACAGCCUCAAUGGAAACAUUCCAACUGAUAUUACUUCUUUACCAUCCCUCCGUUCCCUGUUCCUACAAUCAAAUAACUUUUCAGGAAGUAUUCCCGAUGUUCUUUCUCCUUCACUUAUGGUGUUGGAUUUAAGCUUCAACUCCUUUAAUGGAAGUAUUCCGUCAACUAUCACCAAUUUGACAAGGCUCAUUGUUUUAGAUCUCCAAGAUAAUAUGCUUUCCGGGUCUAUUCCAAAUCUUAAAUCCUCUAAACUAAAACUUCUAAACAUGAGUUACAAUAAGUUAAGUGGUGAAAUCCCAAGAUCAUUUCGAAAGUUCCCUUCUUCAUCAUUUUUUGGGAAUCCUUUAUGUGGACCUCCUUUGGAAAAUUGCUCUUCGAGUAGCCCAUCGCCUGCUCCGGUUGCCUUGAUCUAUUCACCAACACUGCCUACUAUAAGCAAAGGUGUACAUAGCAAAAAAUUGAGUAUAGGAGCCAUCGUUGCUAUCGUAAUAGGUGGCACUGCUGUGAUGGUUCUUGCUAUGAUGAUAAUUUUAUUAUGCCGUGUGAAGAGAAGAGAAAUCGGAGAUAGUGAUGCUGAUAAAGCGAAAGAAUCUAGUUUUAAGAAGGGCAAAAAUCCAAUGCCUAAGGAAGACUUUGGGAGCAGUGUGCAAACAGCUGAAAAGAACAAAUUGGUGUUCUUUGGAGGUUGCUCUUACAACUUUGAUCUUGAGGACUUGCUUAGGGCUUCUGCGGAAGUUCUUGGAAAAGGUAGCUAUGGUACAGCUUAUAAAGCGAUUUUAGACGAGGGAACAGUUGUGGUUGUUAAACGGCUGAAGGAGGUGGGGAUUGGAAAACGGGAAUUUGAGCAGCAAAUGGAAAUGGUUAGCAAGGUUGGUCAACAUCCAAAUCUUGUUCCCAUUCGGGCAUACUACUUCUCAAAGGAUGAAAAACUUCUGGUUUACGAUUUCAUUUCUGGCGGUAGCUUAAGUGCAGUCUUGCAUGGCUAUGGAUAUAACGGAAAGACUCCCCUAGAUUGGAGCGCUAGAGUUAAAAUUGCACUUGGAGCUGCACGUGGAAUACUCCACAUCCACUCUGAGGGUGGUGGAAAAUUCAUUCAUGGAAACAUCAAGUCCUCUAAUGUUCUUCUUUCACGUGAUCACGAAGGUUGUAUCUCUGAUUUCGGCUUGCCUUUAUUGAUGAACUUCCAAGGCAUCACUUCUAGGAGUAUAGGGUACCAUGCACCAGAAGUGAUUGAAACAAAAAAAGCCAGCCAAAAGUCCGAUGUUUACAGCUUUGGAGUACUUCUUCUAGAGAUGUUAACAGGAAAAGCUCCUCUAAAGACUACUCAUGGACACAAUGAUGUGGUUGAUCUCCCUAGAUGGGUGCAGUCUGUGGUGCGAGAAGAAUGGACUUCUGAAGUGUUUGAUGCUGAGUUGCUUAGGAAGCCAAAUGCAGAAGAGGAAAUGGUGCACAUGUUGCAGGUAGCACUGGCCUGUGUUGCUAGAAUGCCUGAUAUGAGGCCAAGAAUGGAUGAAGUUGUUCGAAUGAUCAAAGAAAUAAGGCCGUCUGAGUUAGAAGAGAGGCCAUCUUCUGAUGAGAACAAGUCUAAAGACUCCAAUGCGGGUACGCCUACCCCCUGAUUUUUCCCAAUGCCUUGCUAACUCCUCAGAUAGCCGGAGAGAAGGAUACGUGAUUGUUUUUCUGAUGGUACGAUUAUAUAAUUUAUGUGAAUUCUCUUGGCUUUGUGCAACUGUGUGUUGAGCAGAUAAAGCUUCAAGUCUGGAAUGGUGUCAAAUUACAUUAUGUAUAAAAUGUUUGUUCGACAAAAAGCAAUGCAUGAAGUGUGCUUUUGCUUUGGUACAUCCACCUUUGCUGCUACUUCUUUUGUUGCCCUUAAAUAGAUUUAGUGUGUUGUUUAA